AUGUCCAGCAACACGCUGCCAUUGCACCAAGGCGAUAUUACCUCAACACGAGGUGGUGGCAGUAUGGCUCCUAACACAAAGCAGGCUGUGGCCGAGUGCAUCUCAGAUGAUGCCCUGAUCCAUCUCAAGUCGUACAAAUACUCGAGCGUCGAUAAAUCACCAGUAUCGAAAUACAUUCUCGGUCCCUGGUGGAAUGCCUUUGUCGAGAUCCUACCGCUAUGGCUCGCGCCCAACAUGGUCACCCUCCUGGGCUUCUUCUUCAUUCUCUUCAACGUCGGGUUGAUGGUCAUCUAUGUGCCCGACUUGGUGGGACCCGCACCGUCAUGGCUAUACUUUAGCUUCGCGUUCGGCCUCUUCAUGUAUCAGACGAUGGACAAUGUCGACGGCAAGCAGGCAAGAAGGACCGGGACCUCGAGCGGUUUGGGCGAGCUCUUCGACCACGGCAUCGAUUCGCUCAACUGCACGCUCGCCAGUUUGCUCGAGACGGCCGCCAUGGGACUGGGCACCUCGCCUUCGGGUGUCUUCACGGCGCUUGUCCCAUGCCUUCCCAUGUUCUUCUCGACGUGGGAGACGUACCACACCCACACCCUAUACCUCGGCUUCUUCAACGGCCCUACCGAAGGCCUCCUCAUUGCGUGCGGCAUCAUGAUUGUCUCUGGAAUUUACGGACCCGACGUCUUCACGAAGCCUCUGGCGCAUAUCUGGGGCGACCACCUGCAGGGAGUGGCUCACCUCAUUGGGGAUGUGUCUUUCCGGGAUAUUUGGGUCGGCAUGUUGGUCUUGCUGCUGGUUACUUGCCACAUCCCCUUCUGCGUCCUGAACGUUGCCCGAGCGCGCCGAGCAAAGAACCUCCCCGUCCUCCCCGUCUUCUUCGAGUGGAUUCCGAUGGCCGUCUUCACCAUCUGCAUUGGUGCCUGGGUUUUCUCGCCCUACAGCUCGCUCAUGAAGGACAACCACCUUACCCUCUUCUGCUUCACCAUGUCCUUUGUGUUUGGACGUUUGACGACCAAGAUGAUCCUGGCGCACCUGACCCGCCAGCCGUUCCCUUACUGGACUGUCAUGCUGACGCCGCUGGUCGGCGGUGCCGUUCUCGGGAACCUUCCUCGAAUCGGUCUUCCCCAGAUCAGCCCCGAGCUGGAGUUGUUUUACCUGUGGGCCUAUCUCAUCUUCGCGAUGGUGGUCUAUUUCCGCUGGGCCUACCUGGUGAUUACCAGCAUCUGCAAUUUUUUGGGCAUCAACGCUCUCACCAUUCCAAAGGAGAAGCAGAUGGCCAACAAGAUGGCUGCCCGAGCCGCCACGAAGCUGCAUUAG